AUGGGUCCUAAACCCAUUAAUUCUAAACCACAAUUAGGCGAAUGUCUUGGAAAAGGUGCUGUUAGUUCGGUAUAUAGAGCUUUGAAUUGGGAGACUGGAGAGGCUGUUGCCGUUAAACAGAUUAAGCUUAGCAGUAUACCGAAAUCAGAACUAACAUUUAUAAUGACCGAAAUUGAAUUGCUAAAAAACCUUAAUCACCCGAAUAUCGUAAAAUAUAAAGAUUAUGUCAAAUCAAAGGAACAUUUGAAUAUCAUAUUAGAAUUUUGCGAAAAUGGAUCUCUACAUAAUAUUUGCAGAAAAUUCGGAAAGUUUCCUGAAAAUCUCGUCGCUGUAUAUAUUAAACAAGUUUUGGAAGGUUUACGUUACUUACAUGAUCAAGGUGUUAUACAUAGAGAUAUUAAAGGUGCAAACAUCUUAGCAACUAAGGAAGGUUUUGUGAAACUUGCAGAUUUUGGAGUUGCAACGACGAAAAGUGAUUCGAAUGUUGUUGGUUCACCGUAUUGGAUGGCUCCUGAAAUAAUUGAAUUAUCAGGAGCAACUACAUCUUCAGAUAUUUGGAGUGUAGGGUGUGUUGUUGUUGAACUUUUGGAGGGAAAACCUCCUUAUCAUCAUCUUGAUCCUAUGCCCGCUCUUUUUCGAAUAGUUCAGGAUGAACAUCCUCCGCUACCAGAAACCGCGUCACCCGUUGUUAAGGACUUUCUUAUGCAAUGCUUUCAAAAGGAUAGUAAUCUUAGAGUUUCGGCUAGAAAAUUACUUAAACAUCCUUGGAUAGUUAGCAUUCAAAAAAAGAGUGGUGAUACUUUAAAACAACCAAAAUUACCAACGGAAUAUGCGGAAGCUGUAAAAAGUGUACAAGAAUGGAAUGAAGCUUUAAAAGGUGCAAAAUUUAAGCCUUCGUCACCAUCUCAUCGACGCAGAAGAAGUGAAUCUUUAAGAUUGACAGCUACUAUGCCGACAAAAUUAUCAAAACAUCAAUUUCAUCAAAAUUCACCUUUUGGCAACGGUAAUUCACCCUCAAUGACCGAACUUCCGCCAAAAAUGCCAGAUCUUACUCCGCAAGUCGAGAAUAGUGAUCUGGUAAAUUUAAUGCCGUUUAAUAAUUCUUCAGAUUUGAUUACACCAUCUGCAACAUCAUCAAGCCAACAACCUAAUCGUCUUUCAGUAACUAUUGAGCCUGAAGACGAAGGAGAUAAUUGGGACGCUGAUUUUGUGGAUUCGAUACCUUUUGCAAAAAUUGCAGAUAUACAGAGUAAACAAUUGAAUCACAAGUCAUCUGAUGAGGAUAAUGCACAAACUAUUCGGCCUGGUCGAUUUAAAAGCGGACGAGAUAAGAGUAAAAAAUCAACGGUAUCUCGUGAUGAUAAAGGUAAUAAACUGCAUGAAAAAACCCCCUUAGAUAAUAAGGAGGACAAUUUUCAAAAGAAAGUAUCAUCAAAUAAUAAAGUCAAUAAACAUCAAGAAAAGAUCCUUCGUGAAAACAAACAACAGGAAAUAGCUCGAGAUAAGAAUGAACCAGAGAAAGAGAAGAUUGAGAGAAUUGCAGAUGCUAUAGUUGAGGACAAAUCUGAAGAAAAGGACAAUUGCUGGGAAUCCAUGCAAGAUACGGUUUUUCGUAUAAAAUCAAAAAAUUCGGACAAUUCAAAUAACACGGAAUACACCAAAGUGUCGCUUGCCAAACCACCGCUUGUUUCGUCGGUUGCAAAAUCCAUAGAAACAUCAAAAAAUAAUAAAACAAUAACAGAAAAUCCAGCAAUAAAAUCGAUAAUUAAACAUCAUACUCGUGCGCAUAGUGCCAAUUCUAUACCAAGUCCAAUUAGUUCCUCUCAGAACGGUACAAAUGUCAUGGGUAGUAAACAACUUCCACCAUUACCGACACACAAAUCCACAUCGUCCACGGUAUCUGCGACAGCCACUAGUUUACCAUCAAGAAGAACUGCCUUGUCUCAAAUCGAAAUGUCUCCAAAACAGCAAGCCUUUAAUAGAGUGGCUGUAACUCCACUUCCAAUGUUGUCUCCCGAAGAAGAUUCACAAAAUUCAAAUGAUCCAUUCGCAGAGAUGGAGGAAAAUUUUGAAGAAAUGGAUAUAAAUGCACAUAUUGCCAUGGAUAAGUAUGCGCGCGCUUGUUCGCGAUUAGAAGAGUUAAUUAAUGCUUUACAACCUAAUGAAAGCGAGGAUCGAUUGGUAAUCUCAUGUGUUCAAAUAAUUGAUUUAUUGACGGAACAUAAAGAGCUUAAAAACCACUUUAUCAUCUUUCAUGGUGUAAUUCCAAUCAUAGAAAUGCUGGAAAUAUGUUCAUACGCAAGCGUUCUUUCAAGAUUACUCAAAAUAGUCAAUAUAAUUAUUGCAAGUAAUAUUAAUCUUCAAGAAAACCUCUGUCUUGUGGGUGGAAUACCUGUUAUUAUGAACUUUACUUCGAAGCGAUACCCUUAUGAAAUUCGUGUUGAAGCUGCCAUAUUUAUACGUCAGAUCUGUCAUACAUCACCUGUUAUUCUUCAAAUGUUUAUUUCUUGUCGAGGUUUAAAAGUUCUUGUCGAAUUUUUGCAAGAAGAUUAUAACGAACACAAGGAAUUAGUAUGGAUAGCAGUGAAUGGAAUAUAUGGAGUAUUUGAACUUCAGAGUCCAACUCCGAAAAAUGAUUUUUGUAGACUAUUGGCGAAAAAUGGACUAUUGGAUCCAUUAGCUAUCAUGCUUCAUCAUGUAAUUUUGGAUAAGGAUCCAGCUGCUGGUGUGUAUGUAGAAAGAAUUGUUAAUAUAUUGUUAAUGUUCUCACAGGGUGAUGCAUAUGUUAAAGAAGUCAUGGCAACACGAACAAGGAUUGUCACUAGAAUAUUUGAUAGUUUAGACAAAUUGCCACAAAACCUUGCUGUAGCUAUGCUUAAAUGUAUAAAGAAUAUUUCAAUGAAUUCAAAUACUUUGGAAGCUUUACAGAGAGCAAAAGCAAUACAAGUUCUUACUACAAUAUUAGAUAAUCAAGGACCACCUUAUGUGACUGAAAUUUCUAACCAAGUACUUAACACAAUGUUUAAUCUUUGUCGAAUCAAUAAAUCACGGCAAGAAGAAGCUGCAAAGGCUGGAAUUAUUCCUCAUUUGCAAUAUUUUGCAUCUAAUAAAACACCUCUUAAACAGUUUGCAUUACCAAUACUUUGUGAUAUGGCUCAUACUGGACAAGGUUGUAGAGAUUUGUUAUGGAAACAUAAUAUUUUACAACUUUAUCUUGAUUUGUUAGUUGACCCUUUUUAUCAGGUGAAUGCUUUAGAAGCGAUUCUUGCAUGGAUUCAAGAUGAAACAUCUAAAGUUGAAUCAGUACUUCUUUUACCAAAAAGUAUUGAACUUAUCUUGGAGGCGUUCAUUAUGGCCAAGGCGAAUUCAUUUGAAAAUAUCCUAGAACCAUUGCAUAUAAUUACUCAGUUAUCAACAUCUGUCGCCUUUGCACUUGCGCAACCAAGAUUCUUUAAGCGUUUAUUACAUCGACUUGGACAUCCAAAACCAGUUGUAAGAUUAAAUUUAUUAAGAAUAUUAAGAUCUAUAUGCGAUGUACACCCACAGCGUGAAGCUAUAGCUGAACGAUAUGGAUUAUUUGAGAUCACUUCUCGUAUGAGUAGGGAGGAUCCUGCUGUAUUGAUACGAGAGCUUGCCAGAGAGAUUUUAUCCCAGGGAUACUUUUCUACUUCAAUAACAAAGAAAAAAUCUAAUAAUGAAAUAGCAAUUAAUCAAAAAGAACCUAUAAUAGCAGAAGAGACUGAUGCAAAUGUGGAUCAAUUCCAUCUGAACCACAAGCGUAAUAACACACAAGCAUCUAUUAAUGGAUCUCGAAGACGUGCAUUAUCAUCACCCCCAUCAUCAUAUACGCCAUCUACCUUAAUAUCAACUACACAACGUCCGUUAUCAGUGACCUCGUUAUCACCAUCUCUUGUAUCAUAUCAACAAGAAAGAAAAUCAAGCGCAUCAUCAUCACAAUCAAUCAAAACUCCACCAUCAUCAGUUACAUCAAUGUCGUCUUCACAAAAGAAACAUCGAAUGUCUUGGUCAUCACAAAUACCGGUGCCGGAAGCCACUGAUGCUGAAUGUUCAACUACUGAAGCAUCAACAAACACACCCAAUGAAAACGGGACAAGACUUCAGCAAAUAAGUUCAACUUCAAACGUAUCUACGGCAUCGUUGGAUUCAGCAUUACCAUUUCCAUAUCAGCAUAUAAGAAAACGUGAUAGCUCUAGAAAAAUUAGGGCAUUGUCACAUAAUCGAAGUUAUAAUAAUCAAAACAUUAAUUCAAUUGCGGAACAUUACCAAAAUCGUGAUAGUUAUUCUACUGUAAAUUUAAGUUCGAGCGGCAUGAACAGAAAUGUAAGUGAGGCAGGAAGCGUGAACGGAUCAACUAACAGUUCCUUAUCUAAGUCUUCACAUCCUGGUGGUGUGUUAGGUUGGUUGAAAAGGAGGGUUAGUAAGGAUCACAGUUCGUUGGGAAAAUCCGGAAAAACAAAAAGUAUUAAGAAAGCGAACUCGAAAAGUAAAUUACAGGAGUCAAUUAUUGUCCUUAGUGAUGAAAAGAGCGAGGAAAAAUAA